CUGCGCUCCGCGUGCGCCCCCAUCGGAGCCUGCUCCGUGCAGUCCCCAGGACACUGGGGAAGUUCCGGCAGGCUGGGCGCCUGCCUGCCCGCAGGAGGAACCCGGGGUGGAAGCCGGAGGACUUCAGGCUGGUGCCUUCUGGCCGGCCCGGGAAGGGGCCUGGACCCCCGGCGGCGCCGCGCCGCAGAACCACAGCCCUGGCCCACCCCGAGGAGCCUGGCCGGUCUGGCGUCCCCACAGUUUCGAGCGGCUCCCCGAGCGUGUAGGACCGCUCAGUGUCCUCCCCGAGCUCAGGACGGGCCGGCAGAGAACAGCCCGGAAGCCUUCUCGGCAUGUCCAGGCCCAGGCCCGUGGUGCUCAGUGGGCCCUCGGGGGCCGGGAAGAGCACCUUGCUGAAGAAGCUCUUCCAGGAGUACGGCAGCAUCUUCGGAUUCAGCGUGUCCCAUACCACAAGGGACCCGCGGCCUGGCGAGGAGAACGGCAAACAUUACUACUUUGUGACCAGAGAGGUGAUGCAGCGGGACAUCGCCGCUGGCGACUUCAUUGAGCACGCCGAGUUCUCCGGGAACCUGUAUGGCACGAGCAAGGCGGCUGUGCAGGCGGUGCAGGCCAUGAACCGCAUCUGCGUGCUGGACGUGGACCUGCAGGGCGUGCGCAACAUCAAGAAGACCGACCUGCAGCCCCUCUACAUCUCCGUGCAGCCGCCCUCGCUGGGCGUGCUGGAGCAGCGGCUGCGGCAGCGCAACACGGAGACAGAGGAGAGCCUGGCGAAGCGGCUGGCCGCCGCCCGGGCCGACCUGGAGAGCAGCAAGGAGCCUGGCCUGUUUGACCUGAUCAUCAUCAACGAUGACCUGGACACGGCCUACCUGGAGCUGAAGAAGGCGCUCUCCGAGGAAAUUAAGAAAGCCCAGGGGACUGGCCGUACCUGAGGAGGCUGCUCCCGCUCCUGGGCGCCUUCUGUGCCCGCCCCCCAGGGUCCACGUGGGACCAGGACGGGUGCACAGAGCCGCCGCCUUGGCGGGCCCCGCGAUGGCUCUGGGCACUCGGCCAGCGCCUGGGCUAGAGGGUGCUAUCCACCUGUGGUCAGAGGGUCCGGGUGCCCCUGCCCCACCCUGUUCCCCUCCCUGGCUGUUCCCUCCCUGUCUGUCCCGCUGGAGCCGGGGCUGACGUCUAAUAAAGUAACUGUUGGGUUAGGGCA